AUGGCUCCCGUCAAGGUCGCCGUGCUCGACGACUACAAGGGCCAUGCCAAGGCGUACUUUGACACGCUCGACCCGGCCGCGUUCGAGGUCGUCUACUUCCCCGACACGCUGCUGCCGUACGACCACGCCAGCACCGCGCAGGCCGACAAGGACGCGCUCGUGGCGCGCCUCGCGCCGUUUGCGGUGAUCUCGACCAUGCGCGAGCGCACGCCGUUCCCGGGCGCGCUGGUCGACCGCCUGCCGAACCUCGCGCUGCUGCUGACGACGGGCGGCCGCAACCGGGGGCUGGACCUCGACGCCUUUCAGAGGCACGGCGUCCCCGUGGUGGCGUCGGUCGACCGCGGCGAGGGGGCGGCCAAGGGCGAGAGUGUGACCGGCCCGAGCAGCACGGCGCAGCACUUUGUGGCGCUGCUGCUGGCGGUGGCGCGCAGCGUGGCCCUGGACGACCAGUCGGUCAAGACGGGCGGCUGGCACACGGGGCACGCGCCGUUUGGGCUGGCGGGCAAGACGUACGCGACCGUGGGGCUGGGCCGGCUGGGCGCGGCGACGGCGAAGCUGCUGCACCAGGCCUUUCACAUGAAGGUGAUUGCGUGGAGCGCGAACCUGACGCAGCAAAAGGCCGACGAGCAGGCCGCGGCGCAGGGCCUGCCGGCGGGCACGUUUGCGGCCGUGUCGCGCGAGGCGCUGUUCCGCGAGGCCGACGUGCUGGCGAUCCACACGGUGCUGUCGGAGCGCACGCGCGGGCUGGUGACGCGCACGGACCUGGCGCGCAUGAAGCAGGACUCCAUCUUCAUCAACACGUCGCGGGGCCCCAUCGUCAGGGAGGACGACCUGCUGGACGUGCUGCGGCGCGGCGCCAUCCACCGCGCGGCGCUCGACGUGUUUGACGUGGAGCCGCUGCCCCAGGACAGCCCGUGGCGGACCACGAGCUGGGGCGGCCCGGACGGCAGCAGCCAGGUGCUGCUGACGCCGCACAUGGGGUAUGGCGAGCGGGUGACGAUGGAGACGUGGUACGCGACGCAGGUGGAGAAUCUGUUGAAGUGGUCGCGGGGCGAGGCGCUGCCGAACCGGUUGGCAUAA